AUGAGCGGCCGUCGAAACGCGCUCGCCAGGCCUGUGAGCCUUGCCGCCGCAAGAAAUCGCGUUGCCCUGGAGAAAAGCCGAUUUGUUCCCAUUGCGAGCGCUUGGGCCAAAAAUGCGUCUUACAUAUUACAGGAGGAUCGUGUUUCUCGCAUUGAGAGCAAGCUUGAGCAGCUCAUGGAUUAUAUUACUGGCAGCCGGCAACCUCAAGCCGAGGCCGGAGCCCCGGAUACCAGAACCAUUCCGACAUAUUCACCAGAAAAUAUCCCUUCACUGUCUACCGACCAUUCGUUUUUAGACCACUCACAGGACCUACCAGCAACUCAAUUAUAUCUGACUUUCUGCAAUUCACAACCUCUGCCGUUGUUUCCCCAGAGUAUCUCUCCAAUAUCCCUGGGUAACCGAGAUCCAGAGCUUUUGCUUUCAAUUGAGGCCUUGGGCCUUCGGUUUCGGGGAGAUGGUGUCAAGGACAGCCAAGUUCGUCAAGAUAUCACGACAAAGACAGAAAAGUCCUGCCAGAUGGUCAUGAGACGCAUCGGUGAUGGGAAUGUGGAGCUUUCAACAAUUCAAACCAUGUGUCUUCUGAGCAUGUUGGAAUUUACUGAUGGAAACCUGAUUCGAGCAGGAUUCUAUACACAAAUGGCAGAAUAUUUCAUGUGCAACAUCAGACCGACGAAAUUCGAGUUCCUCAAAUACAUCGAAACGGAGCAAGACGAGCGAAAGCUAUGCUAUGCCAGUGUGACAAUGCUCAAGAAUCUCCAGGGGCCCCCACAGCAAUGCUCAAUUCAAGCAACCUCUGAUAAAACUUUCUUUGGAGGGCUUGCUGCCUCUGCUUUCGAGACUCUGAUACCGAAAAGGUAUUCUAGAGGUGAUAGUGAUUCUAAGUCGGACAUUGGUAUCAAUGCAAGCGUCAUGUAUACGACUGAUUUAUGGGCAUUGGCCUGCAAGUACGCCAUCAACAAUGCUGGGGAUGACACGCAUCCCCCCUGGUACCCACAAUCAGACUAUGCGAUGAUCACAUAUUGGCACACCGAGCACGAGACUUGCAUGCCAUUGAAAUUCCGGCUUCAUGCCAGUCGAUUUCCAGACCAUUCUCCAGCCGAUUUACAGGCACAUCGUGAAUACUGGGGCCCUUGGCUAUUCUAUCAGAUUGUCUGGCAUGCAAUUCCUUGUCUAUUGAACCACCCUUUUCUUCUUUCCAUGCGACUGAGAAAUUUUAGGAGAACGAUGCCCCAAUCAUUUCUCCGCAACUCGUUCGAGCAGCUCACGUUCCAUUCGGGCUGGAUAAUUCAUUUUCUAGAACUACUCGAAACGAAAAACUUUGAGGUAUCAGAUCCAACAUUGGGUCACUCUGUCGCCAUUGUUGCGACAAUCUAUCUUCAACACAGCUUCGCCGACGAUCAAAGCUUCCGCAAAAAGGCACAAACAGGCUUUAAAAAAUGCAUUCGAUUUUUGCAAGUGAUGGGGCGUCGUUGGCCACACAUCGAUCGACAGGCCCGGCAACUCGAGCAACUUCGUGGCAGCAUUUCGCCUGGGAGUCACACAACGGAUACUCGCUUACCAGCACCGUCCGAUCCAAAGUGGACUGUAAACUUGCAAUUAAUGUGGAAAAUAUUAGUCUAUCCCCAUGCAAGCAGAGCUCCAGAUCCGACAGGCGACAUGUUUGGCCCUUUUCUGGCCAAGGAAAACCCCAGCAACCUAGGAUUAUCAUCAGCUGAUGUGAUUACUGAACAUGACUUCACACUAAUUGGAUCAGCUGGAAUUUCAGGACACAAAACUGUCGCGACCGAAUGCGUCACUUACCCUCCCGAGCAGGCUGAGCAUCAAGAACCCGGUCCGGAGCCGACCGCGUUGGGCUUGCCUGAAUUGGCAAGAUCCCAAAAUUUGGACUUUGCUGGUGGAGAAACACUUCUCUUGCAGUUGCAGGAUUAUGACAAGGCGUUCGAAGAUUGGCUGAGUCUGAAUACCACAUGA